AUGGGCCGACAGAUCCUCGACACGGGCGACACGGGACUGGCAAAUCUGAGCCGACGAAUUAGCCGCCUAUUCCCCGUUGGCGGUUUGAUUUCCACUCCCACGCCACCGCAUCCAGUCCCGUUCCAGGCCACUGCUGCUGCUGCUGCCCACUCGCUCGUCAUGCCAGGCACCCGACAGCAGCACCAGCACGCGCCACUCGCGCAGGACGAGCAGCAGGAGGUCCAACUCAACAACGCCGCCGCUUCUGCUGCUGCGGUCACUCCACCGCUCCGCUUCCGCCUGCCCAUCGCCCCGCGCACACGACCAACGGCGACAGUGAGCACUGCGACUGCGCUGCAGGCUGCGCUCGAAGGCCGUCCGCUGACCCACGGCACGGCGUUCCACGACCCGCACGCGCUCGACUACUACGAGCUCGGCCACAAGGGCUACUCGUACAACCUGUGGCUCUUCCGUCCGAGUCCGAGUCCCACUGUCGCUGGUACUGUCAAGCACACUGAUGCGAAUCCGACUGCUGGAAGUGCGUCCGAGACCUCCCGCGAGCCGGGAUUGCUGAACAAGACCUCCUCGUCCGAGUCCUCAUCGCUGCUCAAACAACGGCUGCAGGACGCUACGACCAUCCAUGCAGAGACCUGGAUUGACCUGAGCAAUCUCACAGCCAACCAGUCGCUUGCUGUCUUCUCGCGGCGCACAAUGAGCUGGGACGGUCGCGUGCAUCCCGGCGCAAUUGGCUCGAUUGUCGACGACUGCUUUGGCUUGCUCUGCUUUUACAACGAUUGCGGCGGUGCAACGCUCAAUCUCACCCUGGAGCAUUUGGUGCCAGUGCCGUGCGACGCCGUCAUGCGCAUCCGUCCCCGGUUGGCCAAGCGCGAGGGUCGCAAAGUGUUCAUUGAAGCCGACGUGACGGACGAGACCACCGGACUGCUGCACUCGCGGGCCAAGGCGCUCUUCUACUCCAUGUUCUCCCGCGACCCGACACAAAUCAGGAACGAGCCAGCUUCAUCACAGCCGCUCAGCACAGAGGUCGAUGGCGCGUCGGAUUCUGCAGGCGAGCUUGUGCCGGCGGAAGGUCGCCUGCCCUUCCCUGGGCUCACCGAGGUCGUCGCCUUCGACGCGCCCCGCCCCGCGUGGGUUGAAACCCUCCAGAACUCGCUUCGGGAGCAGCACCUUGUCGACGUCACCGACUUUCUCUAUUUGCUCGUCGCGAAAAUGGGCAUUUCGCACAACGUGCUCUCCUCGCCCAAAAUUCGCUCGCGGUACUACCUCGAUUGCUCCCCGUCGAGCACCAACCCGGCCAGUGCCAUUCAAUCCCUGGUGGCAGUUUUCGAGUACACGUCCAUGGCCGAGGGUCCUGCGAUGGCCGUCCACGGCGGCGCAACGCACACCACUUGUGCCGAGAUUGCUGAAGUGUUGGGGCUGUUUUCAAGCAUGUCCGUGUCGGAAGCUCAGCUGUGGAUGGCAUCGCCUGCCACUGUCGAUGCGUUGGUCGCAAAGUAUCUCGCAGCACGCCCAAAGGUCCGGGUCACCGCUGUUUCCACCAACUACAAGGUCUUCAUGCCUCUGUUAAACUUUUUCCGAUGGUCGGCAAAGGUAACAUCGCGUCCGGCCCCCUCCCAGCUUGAACUCGAACUCCAAUGCGUCAAUCCCGAGACGGAUGUUUUGCAUGCCACGGCCACAUGUACCGUCGUGUCCGAAGGAGCCUCGCCAGUCUUGUCACGUUUGUAA